CCUGGUCCUGGGGUCCAAGUUCCGCUACAGCGGGCGCACCCAGGCCCAGAGCCGGCAGGCCAGCUCCAUGAUCGACCGCCCCGCCCCGCGCUUCACCCGCUCCGCCAGCAAGAGGCUCUCGCGGAACCUGGAGGAAGCUGGAGAUGGGUCUCUCAGCCGCCCGCAGAUCUGAGGUAGAUGAUUGGUUCCAGAUGCUGGAGUCCGACCGGCCACGCCCCUCUCCGGCACCAUCAGCUGUGAUCUGUCCCUCAGCCGGCCUGCGGUCUGGCCGUACUCCGGUCCGGGCCUGGUCCGGUCAGUAUGGCGCCACCUGGUGGCAGCCAGGCCAGAGGCAGGAAGACCUGUGGUUUCCGUUGCUUCGACGCCGUCCUUCUCUUCCCUUUAUCCCGUCUGUUGAGGCCGUGAAGCAGCCAGUGUCCUCGGCCAGACUCGGCUAUGCCAACAGGAGUUCUGUGGAAAGACUAUUACAACCAGCGUUUAACCAGCGAGACGACUGGUACCAAUACUUCAACCCGAGUUUCACCAUCAAGCAACAGGAAACGCGUCCAUCCUCCUCCCUGGCCUCCUCCAUCACCUCCUCCCUAGCCCAGGCACGGUCUGAGGACGUGAAGGGGGGUGUUGUGAGAGACAGUGAGUUCAUUGAGAGAUGGCAGGAGGCCUUAGGCUUAGUGGACGAGCUGAGGGAAAUGGAGGAUUUGGAACACAGGUUGAGGGGGGUGAGGGAUCUCGAAGACAGGCUUCAGGAAGUGGACGAGCUAGCGGAGAGGAUCCAGGAAGUGAUCGAGGAGGAGUUAGGGAGGGAGGAAGUGGAAAAGAUGGCACAGGAAGAGGAAGUUCAACCAGAGAGAUCACACGUAGAGAUGGAGUUGGCGGAGACGCUGGAGGUAGGUGAGGUUGACGAAUUGGAAGAUGAAAUAAAACGGGUGUUUUUCGGGGAGAGGGAGGUUGAGGAGAGGUUUAAAUCUGGGUCGUUAGACGACGACGUUCACGUCGUGGUGAGCCAGAGGAAGGUUAGGAAGACGGUCACUGUCGUCCAGGAAAGUUGGCAAGAACAAGCAGAGACAGAGUCAGCGUCGGUAUCAGUGGAGCAGGAGACGCAAGGAUUGAAAAUUGAAAGAGACAUCAGAACAACAUCUGUGUUUGAGGAAAAGGGGUUCAAAGUACUUCUUCAGGAAGACGGGUUCAAUAUACCCCUUCAGGAAGAGGGGUUCAAUAGACACCUUGAGGAAGAGGGGUUCAAUAGACACCUUGAGGAAGAGGGGUUCAAUAGACACCUUGAGGAAGAGGGGUUCAAUAUCCCCCCCCAGGAAGAGGGGUUCAAUAUACCCCUUAAGGAAGAGGGGUUCAAUAGACACCUUGAGGAAGAGGGGUUCAAUAGACACCUUGAGGAAGAGGGGUUCAAUAUACCCCCACAGGAAGAGGGGGUCAAUAUAACCCCACAGGAGGAGGGGUUCAAUAGACACCUUGAGGAAGAGGGGUUCAAUAUACCCCUUAAGGAAGAGGGGUUCAAUAGACACCUUGAGGAAGAGGGGUUCAAUAUGCCCCCCCAAGAAGAGGGGUUCAAUAUACCCCCACAGAAAGAGGGGUUCAAUAUCCCCCCCCAGGAAUCACAGGUGGAGGAUAAUGAUGUCUGGUUCCGGCUGUUUGACCGCUUACCUUACAAGGCUGUUUCCAAACCACAAGCAGCCUCUACAGUACCAGCAGAAGAAUACUUUACCUCCAAGAGUAUAACAACAAAGGUUUUGGAGAUGAAAACCAGAGGACCACAGGUCCUGGUUGAUGAGUUGAGCCCUGCAGGACCACAGGUCCUGGUUGAUGAGUUGAGCCCUGCAGGAACACAGGUCCUGGUUGAUGAGUUGAGCCCUGCAGGAACACAGGUCCUGGUUGAUGAGAUGAGCACCAGAGCACCACAGGUCCUGGUUGAUGAGAUGAGCACCAGAGGAGCAGAGGUCUCUGGGGGCUGGGAGGAUGUUUGGUUUAUCUUGCUGGACGUCAUUCCCAGAGGAACCCCGUUUGUCCCACCAGGAGUUGUGUCUCAUCUCGGGAAUGUGUUUGCAUUAGUGACCUCUGUGGCCAGCAACCAGGAGCCGGCAAAACAGAGUUAUUCCUCAGAGAUGAUUAAAAGCCCAGCAGUUGAGGACGAGAGGGAGGUGAUGGUAGUGGAGGAACGUCUUGCACCGGAAGAGACGAGGGGCUCACCCGUUAUACUAGAGGUUCUGGAGAGGGUUGCAGACGACUGGUUUGUGCUGUUCCAGGUCACCCCAAGAAAAACGACCUAUGUGUCACCAGUAGCUACCGCUGUGGAGAGCGACCAGAAGGCUGUGGAACUGAGUUAUCCAACAGAGACUGCAGGUCCAACCGUUGAGGACCAAAGGCAGGUGGUGGUAAAUGAGACCAUUCUCCAACAGCAGGAGACGGCAGGCUCACAAACCAUCCCAGCGCCACUGUCUGUGGCGGAGAGGGUUGAGGAUGACUGGUUUGUGCUGUUCAACCGUGUCCCAAGAAAAACCACCUACGUAACCCCAGGAGUUGUGUCUCAUCUCGGGAAUGUGUUUGCAUUAGUGACCUCUGUGGCCAGCGACCAGGAGCCGGCAAAACAGAGUUAUUCCUCAGAGAUGAUUCAAAGCCCAGCAGUUGAGGACGAGAGGGAGGUGAUGGUAGAGGAGGAACGUCUUGCACCGGAAGAGACGAGGGGCUCACCCGAUAUACUAGAGGUUCUGGAGAGGGUUGCAGACGACUGGUUUGUGCUGUUCCAGGUCACCCCAAGAAAAACGACCUAUGUGUCACCAGUUGCAGCUGAUGAAGUGAGUGUACGUGAGAUUCCAACAACGACAGCCAUGACACUGAUUGAGAAGACAACAACUGAUGAGAGGGAGGAGAUAACUGGAGCCAUUGUGCAAAAAAUAGAGAUGGAAAACAUGUUCAAGUAUGGAACUGAAACACAGCCAGCCCUGCUCCUUAAAGACGGAGAAGAUGACUGGUUUGUCUUACUGGAUGUUGGCUCUAGAGCGCCAUCUGCUGUGCCACCAGGAUCUCCCGUGUUUCUCCCAGUGGCCCUGAAGGACCUAUCUAGAAGAGUCACUACUGUGGCUGCAGUGGAAACCAUUGAGUCUGUGGACCGAGUCCGUUGGACUUCUUCACCUGUGGUCACAGUUGAAGAAGUCCUCCAGAAACAGGAGGAGAGGCCUCCCAGACAGUCCAUUCCAGAGCAGGCAGUCCCAACGAGGGAGCCAGACGAUUGGUUUGUGCUGUUGGAUGUUGUUCCCAGAGAGGUGACCUAUAUAGCUCCAGCAGCGCCCAGUACCCUUUACCCAGAGGUCUCUGUAACUCUCCAAAUCGUCACAGAAAAAGCUGAGCUUACGCCCCAGCUGGAAGACAUUCCCAGGAAGAGGGGUACCCAGCUGGAAGACAUUCCCAGGAAGUGGGGUACCCAGCUGGAAGACAUUCUCCAGCUGUCGGCUCAGCCUCCACCUGAGAGAGACGACAGCUGGUUUGUGUUGUUCGACGCUGUCCUCAUCCAACCAGUGACAAGUCCUCUGGUGUCUAGCCAGAGCUCUGGGGUAGAGGGUAGGACCACUGGGACGUGGCAGAAGGUGAUAAUUGUGGAGGAGAGAAGGCGAGAGGAGACAAGUCUGUCUGAUGUCCAAGUGACACGCUACCCCUCAGAGAGGAAGGGAGGAGAUGAGUGGUUCAGCCUAUUCGAUGCUUCCCGAGUUUCCCCGGUAACAAGAGUGGCCGAAGUUCAGGGGCCCAUGGCAGGGACAGCUCUGAGGGGCCCUAGUCAGGAGGAGAGGGCCGUAGUGAUGGAGAAGAAGACCGUAGUGAUGGAGGAGAGGGUGGUGGUGAUGGAGGAGAGACGUCCCCAGGAGCCCACUGUGUCAGAGAGCGAGUAUGGAGUUGUCUGGCAUAUGCUGUUCCAAAGGGUUGGGGAAGCAAGUAGAAAGAUGCCGACAGUGGAGCGUGUCAGGGUGUCCCCCAAGGAGAGAGCCUCUGAAGGGGUUCCUGCGGUAGAGCAGAUUCCCUCCAGAGGUUCUGCAGUGAGGCAGAUAUGGCAGCAGGAAGCUGUUCCUCAGCCGGGGAAUGAGGUAGAAGACGAUUGGUUCGUUCUUCUGGACGUGGCGCCUAGGAAACCAGUGGCCACGGCCCCGCAAGUCCGGUUCUAUCCAGACGUACGGCCUGCUACCAAGGCAACGCUGGGACCGGCCGUCCCAGCACUCCGACCUCUGACACCGGCGGUCACAGCGCUCCGACCUCUGGCACCGGCAGUCCCAGCGGUCCGACCUCUGACACCGGCGGUCCCAGCGCUCCGACCUCGCUUCUCGAUCCUGGCGGAGAGGCUCCCAGCAGCGCAGCUCAGAGAGGCUGUGGACGAUUGGUUUGUUCUGCUGGACGCUGUCCGCACAGAGUCAGUGGCGGCGGUGGGCUCCCACCGGGGGGUGCGUCCCGUCAGCGCCCCGGUCUUCUCCCAGGCCGCCCUGGCGGAGGCGGGGCUGCCGCUGUUCCCCCUGGACCUGCCCCAGACCUCCACCCCGCUGCGGAGCGCCCGCCAGGAGGAGCGCCGGCUGGAGGUCACCAUGGAGGCGGCGGAGCCCGCCAAGGGCGAGGCCGGCGCCGAGGACAAGUCUGAGGAGGCCACCUCGGAGCCGGUGCGACUGCGCAAGAGAAGAGCUAAGAGAAUUGAGGGAGACUCGAUUUAUAUCAGACAUAGCCUCUUAAUGUUGGAGGAGCUGGAGAAGCCCCAGGAGGAGCUCCUCCGUCACCACGCCAGUGUCAGUGAGCUGAAGAGGAACUUCAUGCAGGCGGUGCCCGACUCGCGGCCCAGCGAGUGGGACAAGCGCCUCUCCACACACUCCCCCUUCCGCACCGCGGGGGCCAACGGGGGCCCCGGCACCGACGGGAUCACCAGCGACGGCUCGGACGGAGACAAAGACAGCAGCACCACCUUCUCCUCAGAGAGCGGAGUCACCACGACCACCACCCACAUCUCAAAGGUGGUGAAAAGUGGAUCCACAGAGACUCGCGUCGAGAAGAGAAUCGUCAUCAGUGCAGAAUCUGAAGUUGAGGAGGGAAAUGAUGGAACAUCAAUGUAGGCUGUGAACCGUCUUCCUCAGUUCUGUCCAGCCCACAUGUUGGUGCUCACAACCCCACAGCCAAUCAGACCACAGUCACCUGACCACUCACCCCCAAUCAGACACAGCUAGCGUUCCGUCUCCUUAAUGUGUGCACCUAACACUAGCUGGCUUAGUAGAUACGUCUUCGUAGAUAACUCCUUCAUGGAAAUUCAAGUGAAGCUUCCAAACAUUGCUUUUGCUUUUUUAACAAAUGCUUAUUCUCACAUGGUGUUCAAAACAGACACACAAAUUAUACACGUUCUAUUUGGCAAAUUAAUAAGAAUUUUUCUAUUUUAUUUUUUAUGGGUUUAUUAAUUCCCCCCUUCAAAUAUUUUUCUUUUCCUUUUAAAUUGUACCCAGGUAUUAUUUUGUAUUAUUGUGGCCUACGCGGAUUUUGUAACAUUGAACAAUGGAACCCUUGUUUGCUCAGACUUCUUCAAUAUUUAAUAUACCUCACUAAAUACAACAAUGACGUUAUGUGCUAAAUUUGGAUAGCUUAUUUCUCAGGUAAACAAAACUCAAAACAUAUUUCUCCUACAUGUAGCCAACUUUCAGUAGCUUACCCAUUAUUGUAAAGUUUGAAAUCUAAAUUUUUAAAUAUAUUUUAAAAUAUUUGUAUUUUAUAGAAUUAAUACUUUUGUAGCGUUUGUAUAAAAUGGGCGUUUGUACGUUAUGCAUACAAUCUGCUUAUUCAGUUCUAGGUUAAAAAAAUGUACUUACAAGUUGCUUUUAUUUAAUGAGGGACCAUAUCCAUAAUAUUCUUCAUGUGCACUACUGAAUAUGUCCACUAGUUUCAAACUGUCCUGAGCUGUUAGCCACCCUGUGCACUACUGAAUAUUUCAAACUGAACGAUGUCACACUUCUACCGCUUCUCCAUUGACCUUCAUCAUUCUUCAUGUUCAUCAUCAAUUCCCAAUAUUUGACAACGUUUGGUCUGCGAAUCUCAGGUUUUAAUAUUGUUUGUGUGACUACAGACCUCGUAGUGAUUGUAUAAGGAAUGUUCACAUGUUUAUAUCCAUCCAUGACAACCUCAACCGUCUCCAGCAAGUCGAGGUUGAGUGAUGUGAAGCUUGGUUUCCACGGCAACCACGCAACCAGUGGGGGGUGAAGGCAGCUCUUCUGUCACGGAGGGGGGGGAUGGGGGGGGCAUUGGUCGGUCUUUUGUGCAUGUUCUGCUACACAGUAAUUUAUUUGUAAAGUAGACACUUUAAUGUGGUUUGUCCUGUGAGUUUUCUAAACACAAGUCUGUCUGCAGGCUCCUUCCAAGAUAUGUCACAUUGAUGAAUUUUGCGUUUUUAUCGACAAAGUUUUGCAAAGAAGUUUGACUGCACCUAGAGUAGGAUAUUCUCACUCGCUUUACGCCGCAACGCUUCUACCGAGGGUAGAACUCACUCGCUGUGUCCCACUCUUCUCCAGACGAAGAGCACACCUACAGUGGAAGCCUUUUGAGAUAGUUUGCUUUUUUAUGAAAAAGUUUGUUCAUGUAGCCCUCCAGUUGGUCCAAAGGGAAUUAAAUGUAGAAUAGCUUUUAGACUUGAAAAAAAUAGCAAUGCUUUCUUGUGACUUGUCUUUUUUUUUUUUUUAUAAAAGCUAAUAAAUCUUAAUGUGCACAGAUA